AUGCUACGUCGUUUUCAAUUAUUUUUUGUAAUAUUUCAGCUUAUCGUUCGAGUUGUGGACAAGGAAAGGUCUGGGGAAACAGUGACUUCGCUAAGCAAACUGUUCUUUUCGAAACAAGCAGAGUUGAAAAAAAUUCUUUCCAAGGUUCCUGCCCAUCGGGAAAGGGAAAAGGUGAUCAGAAAUUUGAAGAAAGCUAUUAGCAGUCGGAAUGCAGCAAUAGCAGAAAUUGAAAAUGAGCUUCAGUGUGCUGAGUUUGCACUUACGAAGGCAGUUUAUCAGGCAGGAAUAAAAAUCAAGCUAAUGCGCCAGGCAGAAGCUAGGAAAGUAAACAGUGAACAGGUUAUACGAUUUGCGAAUCAGAUUAGUAGAUGGUACUCAGUAGCUGCUCCACUUGGCUGGCAGUAUGGUGAUCCUUCUAGGCCAUUUCCUACAGAGGCAGAGUUGAGAUUAUCAGCACUGGCGGCGCCUAGAGUGAGUGCCCCUUCAGCACAACCUGCACUUUCGUUGCUCAGGCAUCAGGGAGCAAGCUCAUCCAGUCCUGGUUUGAUGAGAGGUAACGGUCGAGGAUCUUCUCCAAUGACUGCUGGGACUUGGAGUCCCCGAGGAGGAUAUGGCCAGCAGUCCUCCUCUCCCAGAGGCCGAGGGUCACGUGCAGCAGGAGUUAUAUCUCCGAGAAUAAAUAUUAGUGGUGGACCUCUGAUGCAGAGGCGACCCUCUGGUACCGGAAGUAGCCCUCAUACUAGCCCUUCUGGUUAUCCUAUUGGUGGCAAAGGUGUACAUCCACCGGUGAAAAAUGUUGAGCAAAUGAGUUCUGACUCUAGCAGUAGUUCCAGCAGUGAUGAAGGAAGUCCGUCCUGA